AGACCGUAAAUGCAAACAUAUCAAUAAAUAAAGCAAGGCAAAGAUGAUAAGCCAGUAGUUUUAAUGUAUUUAUCUACAACUAUUGCAUUCUAGCCACAACACCAAUUUCCUAUAGAUUGAAUAGAAAUAUAAAAGCUCUACAUCUUAAAAGCCACAGGACAUUUUUUUGUGUUUAUUUUAGGUUAUCUGUUUGCGGGGAAGAGGAAUAACUGGAUUAAAAAGAAAUAUAUUUGUUGAAAAUGUACUAGAAAAAGUUAAAGAAGAAAUGGCAAAGAUCCAAGUGAGAGAACACAAUGUGAAAUCCCAAACAUGCAGGAUACAUGAAGAAGUGAUGAACCUGAUGUGUCUGGAUGAUGAUAUUCCGAUAUGCAGUAUCUGCAAAUUGUUUGGGGACCACAACACGCAUGAAGUGGCCAGACUGUCUGAAGUUUAUCAGGGAAGGAAAAAUAGUUUUAUUGAAGAAAUCACGAGAAUAGUUUUGAAAUCUGAAACUGCAGCAAGAGUCAGCCAGGAACUGGAAAAAUUGCAGGAUCAACUUCUUUCAACUGCCGAAGAAACAAAAGCUAUGAUCAACGCAGUCGGGGACAGCUUGUUGAUGGAAAUACGAUUCAAAGUAUCAUCAUUAAAGAUGAAGGUGGACAAGGAAAGCGCUGAGAAAUGCAAUGAACUGCAAUCCGCUCUGGAAGACUUACAGGGAUCCCGGAGACUGUACAUGAAAAUGAAAUCCCUCCUGGAGGAACACAUCAAUCCCAUACAGUUUCUCAAAGAGGACAAGCAGCUGAAAAUUGAAGUGGCAAAGCUGUUUAAAGAUGACCGUCCGCUGCCUGUGCCCAAGAGGGAUAACAUUUCAGUAGGGCAGUAUAUUGAAGAGCUAAUCAAGGGCAUAGAUAUUAAACAGGUGGCCAUAUCAAAAGCAGACGAUCUUCUUGUGAAAGUUGGUGAUGAGUAUGCAGCAUGGAGUUCAAGCUGUUCGAAUGUAGAUACGUCAUCUUACGAUGGCUUGGAUCAGAUGAUACGCAAAAUGAUGUCAAGUUUAACACUGAAGUCCAGUGACGCAAACAAUAGUUUGAGCUGGGAAUGUCCGUCACCUUACUCGACCAGCGGUUCAUCUGAAGAUAGUUACUCCCCAGAAGAGGUUAAAGUUAUCACAAUACAAAAAACAUCUUUAUAAAUCCUGUGGCGUCUUCUUGGGGACAUUUCAAUUAUACAAUGUUUUACUUUACUAAGCUUACUAGUAAAACAGUUAAUAGAAUUGAUUUUGAUCUUACUGCUCCUAAAUGAUCCUUAUACUUUAUCAUAUAAUCUGUUUUCAAAGGGUCAAAGUGAAAUACUAGCAUUUAAAAAAAAUGUUCCAGAGGAUUGUCAUUGUGAGUUAUUUAAAGACUGUAGUAUGCAUGAAAUUAUGUUUGCUAUUCAUGUUCUUGAUUGAUGUUAAAUAAACAGAAGUCUAACAGUUUCAUGUAUAUCAAACAUUACGGUAUUUAAUCAACUGAAACUAUUUUAAAUAAGUCAAGCAUACACACAUUUAGCUAAAUUUGUCAUCAGAGUAAAAUGUUUCUAUUUUAAUGGUGUUUUUAAAAGUUAGAGGGAUUAUUUGGUUGCUCCCCAGGGAAACCAGGUUUUAAUUGGCAGUAGUUGUUUUGGGAAUGUGCAGGUGAGUG